AUGUCAUGGAUCUCGGACAAGCUGAUAGAGAUCACGGGCGCAUCGGACGACAUGUUGGUGGACUUCUGCCAGGCGCAGGCCAAGGAGGCAGCCUCAGCUAAGGAUCUACUGACCCAGUUGACUGAUAUGGGUCUAGAGGGGAACGGGAUCAAGUCUUUUGCCUCCGAGUUGUGGGGCAAAUACCAUGUUUCAAAGCCCAAGCCAAAUGUCCCCGUGGCUUCUGCAUCCACCAAGUACGAUCUUCUGCUUGAUCCCGUGGAAAAGAAGCCGUCUCGGCCUCCGAAAAGGGUCUCUGAGGAGUCCAAGAGCACCAAGCGGAGAAGGAGGUACUCUUACAGCGACAGCGAGAGCGAGGAUGACCGCCGAGAGCCCCGAGGAGAGCGACGCGAUGACAGCGACAAACCUGAAGUGAAACAGCAAGCAUAUACCGUGGAUGAUAUCCAUUCCGACUACGACAGUGAGAAAGAUGCACGCGAGCGAGACGAGUUUGCCCAACGGCUGGCAGAACGAGACUCGAAAAAGGGAGGAAAGAAGGACGACGACCGGGCUGCACGCAACAAGGAGCGUGAGCGAAUGGCCGAUGAUCUGGAGAAGCACAGGGAGGAACUGGAUCAGAUGCGAUCCAUAGCUCGAAAGGAGUACCUGUCGAAGAGAGAGCAGCAGCAGCUGUAUCUGCUGGAGCGAGAAGUGGAGGACUUUGAAGACGAUGUGCGCAAGUAUGGUUGGGAAAAUCUCACCAAGGAGGAGCAGCGGGAGAUUGAGUACAAACGUCAGGUUCUCAAGAUUGCCCAGGAAAGAAAAGAGAUUGAUAGAGGUGUCGAUGGAUACAGUAUUCCGGAUGCAUACAUUACUGAAGGAAAACGGAGCUCUGAUAAGGACAAGGACUCACUUAUGAAACGGUAUGAGCGGAAACCCGAACGAGAAAUGGAGGAUGGAGAAUUGUGGGAGCAGAGCAAACGAGGUGACGCUGGUAUUCGAGAAAAGACUCAUGAGAAAGAUAAGGAGGAGGACAAGUACGAGUUUGUUUUUGAUCCCCGUCAGGCUAUCAAGUUCACUGCUGAUACUGACGAGGACAAGGGAAGCAAAUCAAAGAGCGAGGCUGAAAAGGCCAUGCUGAAACAGAUUGAGGACGCAAAAAAGCAUGCCAAGUCGAUUGACGAGGUUCGAAAGUCGCUACCUGUGUACAAGUACCGAGACGAGAUUCUGGGAGCUAUCAAGGAUCACCAGGUUCUUGUUAUUGUUGGAGAAACAGGUUCCGGUAAGACCACCCAGCUUCCUCAGUACCUGCAUGAGGCAGGGUAUACGCAGCGGGGUAUGGUUGGUUGCACUCAGCCUCGACGAGUUGCUGCCAUGGCCGUUGCUACACGAGUUGCUGAGGAGGUGGGAUGUCGAAUCGGCCAGCAAGUUGGGUACAACAUUCGAUUCGAGGACAAGACAUCUGAGAAGACCGUAAUCAAGUACAUGACCGAUGGUAUGCUUCUUAGAGAGUUUUUGACGGACCCUGAACUGUCCGGAUACUCUGCCCUGAUGAUCGACGAGGCCCACGAACGUACUUUGCAUACUGAUGUUGUUCUAGGUCUUCUAAAAGACAUUGCGCGUGCUCGACCGGAACUCAAACUAAUCAUUUCUUCCGCUACCAUGAACGCCAAGAAAUUCUCUGCCUACUUCAACGACUGCCCCAUCUUCCAGGUACCCGGUAGACGGUUCCCUGUUGCAGUUCAUCAUACAGAGAAGCCCGAGGCCAACUAUCUGCACGCCGCCAUCACCACCGUCAUGCAGAUUCAUGCUACCCAGGGCAAAGGUGAUAUUCUUGUCUUUCUUACAGGUCAGGAUGAAAUUGAAAACAUGGCUGAGAACCUGCAAGAGACAAUCAGGAAAUUGGGCUCGAAAUGUCCGCCUAUGAUUGUGUGUCCCAUCUAUGCUAACCUUCCUGCAGAACUACAGGCUCGAAUCUUUGACCCUACGCCUGAGGGAUCCAGAAAGGUGGUUCUUGCUACUAAUAUCGCGGAAACGUCUAUUACCAUUGAUGGAAUUGUCUACGUAAUUGACCCCGGCUUUGUCAAGGAGAAUGUUUUCAACCCAAAGACAGGAAUGGAAUCGCUCAUAGUCACGCCAUGUUCUCAGGCCUCCUCCGAACAGAGACGCGGACGAGCUGGUCGUGUGGGUCCAGGCAUGUGUUUCAGACUCUAUACGAAACGAGCGUUUGAGUCUGAGCUUCCUCCUAACACUACGCCUGAGAUUCUGCGUUCCAAUCUCUGUGGCGUGGUACUGAUGCUCAUGUCUCUGGGUAUUGUUAACAUCUUGUCCUUUGAGUUCAUGGACCCUCCUCCUAAAGAUACCUUGAUCAAAGCGUUGGAGCUUCUUUAUGCUCUGGGAGCCAUCAACGACAAGGGCCAGCCUACAAAGAUUGGACGUCAAAUGGCCGAAUUCCCCACUGAUCCCAUGCUGGCUCGUGCUAUUUUGGCGUCUGAAAAGUAUCAGUGCACAUCUGAAGUGCUUUCGAUUGUGUCUAUGCUUGGUGAGGCGGCCUCUCUGUUUUUCAGACCCAAGGAUAAGAAAAUGGCUGCCGACAGAGCACGAGAGAUGUUCACCAAGCCCGGUGGAGAUCAUCUAACUCUUCUAGAGGUGUUUCGACAAUGGUCGCUGGCCGACUACUCUCAGCAGUGGGCCAAGGACAACUUUAUGCAGUACAAGUCUCUGACUCGUGCUCGAGAUGUGCGAGACCAGCUCUACAACCUCUGCGACCGAGUUGAGAUUGAUCCCGAAGUGUCUGCUGCUGAGCUGGAAGACCCGCAAACGGCGAUUCAGAAGGCUCUCACAGCAGGUUUCUUCCCCAAUGCUGCUCGUCUGAACAGGGGAGGCGACUCGUACAAGACCGUCAAGUCAAACCAGACGGUGUAUAUCCACCCUUCCAGUGUGUUACAUCUGCAGCGGCCCAAGUGGCUGUUGUACCACGAGCUGGUUCUCACGAGCAAGGAGUACAUGCGUAACUGCAUGCCUCUGGAGCCGCAGUGGUUGACGGAAGUGGCUCCGCACUUUUACAAAGAGGCGGACAUUGAGCGGAUGAUCAAGGCGCCUGCCCGAGUCGAGGAGAAGCUGCUUGAGUAG